CUCACGCACAAAAAUAUCCUCCGGCUGAACUAAAACCACGGACCAGCCGCCACCCAGUCUCCGUUCCUCUUCGUCUCCGGUCUUCUCCCUUACCUGCGCUACGUCCCGAUCUCCAGCUCAUCUACCUUUUGAAGCGCAGCAGAGUCCGUCGCCUCCCUAUGUACACGACUCUCAACUGGAGUCGGAGAGCCGUUUCUUCGCUCGGUCAUUUCGUCUAACAUCUUGUCUGCAUCGGAGAAGCCCCCUCAAGAUGAUGGGUGUUUCUGCCGCCUCGCCCUCUUCUUUUUUCCUUCCCCACGCUCGAUCUCAUCUGGGGCCCUCUCGUUUCACUUCUCUCCCAGUUUUGAUCCCCGCCUCCAAAAAGAGGCCUGGUUUUUGCUGCGCCACGAAACAGCAGCAGCAGACAGGGGCUGCCAAGAAGAAGGCCGGGAGGAGGAAGGCUCCGGAGAGGCCGCCGGUGGAUGACGGGGGAAGACUGGUGGAUGUGGUCCCCGGCCCUCAGAAUCGCCGGAGUCAUUCUUCUCCGCUGCCCAAGCCUCCAGCCGGCUUUGUGCUUGACGACCAUGGCAGGGUCCUGCUGGCCUCUUCGAAGCGGAUAGUGACUAUUAUGGAUGCUACAAACAAUCUGCCCCUAGAAUGUGUUAUUAGGCGAGUCUUCCAAAGUUCUGAAGGGGACGAAUGCAUGCUACUCUGCCCAGUUGAUCCGCCUGUGCAAAUACUGAAGAGCACAAACUUCGACGGAUGGUCAGCUGUUGAUGAUGAGGAAAUUGAAGCUAUCAUACCUGCUGCUGCAUAUGCCUUGGCCAAAAUUCAUAUGCAUCUUGUAGCUAGUGGAUUUUGUUACACAGCACGAGGUGGCUUUUGCUAUUCUGACGAAGACAUACUUGAAUUUCACACUGAUGAUGGUGAAGCUAUUGAGGGUUUUCCUACUGAAGCUGUAAAGAUAACUUGCUUCAACUUGGAUGGAACACAUUAUAUGAUCUAUACACCAUCUGAUCCACUUCUAUUUGUUGCUGUGAGGGACAAAAAUGGUGUUCUGCAAAUUGCUGAUGAUGAUCUCUUGGAGGACCCUGCUAUCAUCAGUGCCAUUGACGAGGAGACAGAAUUUAAUGCUCUUGUGGAGGAGGAGGCUGCUCUUCUUGAAUCGUUGUUGGGUGAAUGAUGGCACCACAUUCUGCAUUUGUUAUCAUGAUAUGAAAUGUCAUCAGGAACGCAAAAUAUGAUCUGUAAAUUAUGUGCGCUACAAUUGCAUAUGCCUAGGAAAUUUAAUCAUGUUCUCUUUUCCUUGUUACCAUUUGUGCUAUAUUUUUUUCUUCAUGUAAAGCUAACAAUUUUUACGCCAUUUCUCGGAUAGACAUUAUUGCAUCAAUCAAAAGCUUGUCAUUCCU